GGAUAAUCUUUGCUUUAGCCCACGUUUUACUUUCAUUUUCACUUAAAAAGGCGCCCCGAGCACUUCUACAGUGCUUGAUGAUUACUUUCAUGGCGACAUUUCCAUGGUCAUAUUCGUUGUGCUGAAACAUAGACGUUUUAUUUGAUAACAAUUUAUUUUGAUGAAUCAUUUUGUGUUAGCAUGUUAUAGUCUGUGCAAAGAGGUAUCAUGUAAUUAGGUCUACUUGUGGUCUACAAGUACAACUACAACUUUUAGAUUUUUUGUUCGGAGCCUAUUUGUUUCAUAUGUAUUUUGAAGAUGGAGGAGCUGGUCAAGAAAAUGCGUUUGAGAGAGUGGCUGAUAGCGCAGAUAGACAGCGGAAAGUAUGCAGGACUUACCUGGGAGAACGAAGACAAAACUAUGUUCAGGAUCCCAUGGAAACACGCGGCAAAACAGGACUAUAGUCUGAACGAAGAUGCAGCACUAUUCAAGGCGUGGGCAGUGUAUAAGGGGAAGUAUCGGGAGGGGAGGGACAAGGCAGAUCCCACCACCUGGAAGACUCGUCUCCGCUGUGCCUUCAACAAGAGCACAGACUUCAAAGAAGUCCCAGAGCGCAGCCAGUUAGAUGUAUCCGAGCCCUACAAGGUCUACCACAUCCAGGCAGAGCCAGAGACAGGCAGAGACUCAGAAUCUCCUCAGCCUGAGAGUCAGGUGACCAUCCAGACCAGCCGCUCCAGUGUUCCACUGAGGAACAUUGUCACAUGCCAUCCACAGUCUGGCUGCAAUAGUGAAUCAGAGGCCAGGGAUGGAAGAGUCAACUCCAGAGAGGGCUUGGCAGGGGACCAUGUGUACUACUGGUCCAACACAGGGAAUCCUCAGAGGGAUGGCUCUGCUCCUCUCUCCAUAGUCGUCCCUACACCACAGAUCUCUGACUUGCGUGUGCGGGUGUGUCUGUUCUAUCAGGGCCAGCUAGUAGUGGAUGUGACCACCAGCACCCCAGACGGCUGUUUCCUCCUGCAGGGUCAGGUGCCCCUGGGGAAUGAGAGGAUCUAUGGACCCUGCACAGCCCAACAGGUCCCCUUCCCCCUCCAGGGGUCAUCCAUCUUCCCCGGCAUCGCUGAGGCCAUGGGCCGCCUGCUGCCCCACCUGGAGAGGGGUGUCCUGGUGUGGGUUGCUCCAGACGGGGUGUUUAUCAAGAGGUUCUGCCAGGGCAGGGUGUACUGGAGUGGCCCCCUGGCCCAACACACAGACAGGCCCAACAAACUGGACAGGGAGAGGACCUGCAAGCUGCUGGACACAGCUAUAUUUCUGAAGGAGCUCCAGGACUAUAUCCAGGGGGCGGGACCCAAACCUCGCUAUGAGAUUGACCUCUGCUUUGGUGAGGAGUUUCCUGAUGCCAGCCAACUGAAAACCAGGAAACUGAUCAUUGCACAGGUGGUGCCCCUGUUUGCUGUCAACCUACUGCAUAGGUGCCUGAGGAUGGGGACAGAGGGGAGACCACGCCUUCACACACACAAGACCAUGGGGGAAGAGGGAGAGGGUCAGCCUCACCCCCUGCCCCAGCGGUAAGGAGCCCAGGACACCCCUCUGAGUAACCCCUGGGGAACAUCACCAGUCCCCCCUGGUGGCCCCUCCUGUCCCAGCUUAGCCAGCCAUGAUGGGGGGUGAGUGGAGACUCAAGACACGGUCAGUGUAGGUUUACUGUAUGCCCUGUGGAAAGCAACAUAUACCUCAACCUUAAGAGAGCAGAGAACAAUAUGAUACGACACAGGUAGGAGCAAGUAUGCUUGGAACAGAUAUUUCUCACAUACAUCUUAAAUUGAUAAUCUGCAGUUGCUACAUCUAUUAAAAAAAGAUAGAAAAAAGUAGGAUAUGUACCAAAUGAUUAUUGAAGAAUAAAACGUAUAAAUGUCUCAUGAGGUUAGUUCAACAAAAUAUAAGCUUGUUUAACUCCAAUGUUUGUAAACAAAGUAAAUGUAAACAAACAAUGUAUAGCCUCAAAACAUGGUUAUACCUAUAAUUUUGAUAUCAUGGAUGGUCAGUCCUCACAUCAAUAGCGCUGUCUAUGAAUUUGAGAUUGGUUACAUUCCUCCAGCCCUGUAAUCUACAGAGAAAGUCAUACUUUUGCCAGUAAAUGUUUGACAUCUUUUGUCAUUAUGUUUUCUCAA